GGAAAGCAGCCUACAUGGGCACAUUUGUGGAAGACACAGAACACACAUGAUCAAUGGUAUGAGGACAAUUCAACUGGACCACCCAGAAUGAUGUACAGGUAGUUAUUUAAACGAAGAGCAUGAAAGGAUUUCUCCUGUUUGUCUCAGAAGAAGAAUGAGCUCUGUGAAAGAACUCAACUAUCCUCAUCUCCUAAUUCAGUACCAGAAUGGAUUUCUAAUAUCUAAGGUGAUGUUUACUGCCUGUGAGUUGGGUGUGUUUGAUGUGUUGCAAGAAUCAGAAGAAAAGCUGUCAUCCAAAGCCAUCGCAGAACAUCUGGGGAGCAGCCUCCAUGGAAUGGAGAGACUGCUGGAUGCCUGUGUGGGUCUGAAGCUCCUAGAAAUAGAAGUGAGCAAAGAAGGAGCUUUUUAUUGCAACACAGAAAUCUCUGAGCAGUUUCUCACAAAAUCAAGUCCAAAGUCUCAGUAUCAUACCUGCAUGUAUUACUCGAAAACAAUUUAUCCUUGCUGGCAGUACUUGACAGAAGCUGUAAGGGAAGGCAAGAACCAGUACGAGAGAGCAUUUGGCAUUUCCCCGAAAGCUGUUUUUGAAGCUCUGUACAGAUCAGAAGACGAAAUGCUGAAAUUCAUGUAUGGCUUGAAUGCAAUUUGGAGCCUAUGUGGCAGAGAUGUUAUAGCCGCAUUUGAUCUCUCCCCUUUCACUAUGAUUUGUGAUCUUGGUGGAGGUGCUGGGGCUUUGGCCCAGGAAUGUGUUUCACUAUAUCCAGAUUGCACAGUCACUAUUUUUGACCUUCCUAAAGUAAUCCAAACAGCCAAGAAACAUUUUGUACCUCUAGAGAAAUAUCGGAUCAAUUUUUAUGAAGGGGAUUUUUUUAAAGAUCCUCUUCCAGAAGCUGAGUUGUAUAUUUUAGCAAGGAUCCUCCAUGAUUGGUCAGAUGAGAAUUGUGUACAACUUCUCACAAAAGUGCAAGAGUCUUGCAAAACUGGUGGUGGUGUUUUACUAAUUGAAACUCUUCUGAAUGAGGAUAAACGUGGCCCAUUGGAAAGUCAGCUCUAUUCGCUAAAUAUGCUCGUUCACACAGAAGGAAAAGAAAGGUCACCGGCAGAAUAUAGCAAGCUCCUCACAGCAAGUGGUUUCAAGGAGAUCGAAAUUAAAAAAUCUGGAAAACUCUAUGAUGCCAUUUUAGGAAGAAAAUAAUGCUUUCUUUUUGCUUUAUUAAA